CUUGUGCGGUGCUAACACAAUGUUCUACCACUGAGCCACAGGAUGCUCUCUCUCCUGUCGCUGGUCUUCAGUGAAAGGCCUUUGCAUUUCCAUUCAGUUGGGAGAUUUGGGAUUAUCCCGUGAUGACAUCAUCUUGUUUCUAAAGUGUUGGCAGUUAUGCAAUGUGUUUCACAUUUUGGCUCAUGGAUGAGGGGAUCUCAAUCAUCUUUAGCGUCCUACGCUCCACUUGACUUCAUUUCCUUUAGUAGAAGCAACAGUGAGUGGAUUUGAGCUCUGAGAGAUGUUCUCUUCAUCCGCUGGAGCGUGGAGAUCCCAGCAGGCUUGGUCUCGACAGACAGACGCAGACGUGUUGAUCUGCAGAAGAGCUGAUGGUUUGGGGGUUUCCAGUGUGGUGAAGAGUCAAGGGCUUCCUGUAUGUAGCUGUGCUCAGAAAGCAGUUAGCGUGCGGAUCCGUGAUGACCGACGUGAUGAUCAGCGCCGCUCCGAGCGACGACAUCAGGCUCAGUCCCAGCAAACACCGCCUCAGCUUCCAGAUCUUCCCGGAUCCCUCAGACUUCGAGCGCUGCUGUAAGCUGAAGGACCGUCUGCCGUCGAUCGUGGUGGAGCCGACGGAGGGUGAGGUGGAGAGCGGAGAGCUGCGCUGGCCUCCCGAGGAGUUCCUGGUGAGCGAGGAGGACGAGGAUGAAGACGAGGACGAGGAUGAGGAUGAGGAAGAGGAAGAGUGUGAUGGAAACCUGCAGAACGGACAGAUGCAGAACUCUCAGCAUUAGAGAGGAACUGACAGACUCUCUCUCACACACACACACACACACACACACACACACUAGAGUCCUGUAUUAUCAGAAUUACUGACUGGAGCCCGUCUUUUUCCCUCUGCUCCCUAAACAUCUUAUAUUACUGUUUCAGCUAUUACAAUAAUUCAAACUGAUUAUAUUUGGUAUAAGUUUGGAGUAUUUGUUGUUCGUCAAAUACUAGUUUUAUUUAUUUUAAGUAACGGCCAAGCGACCAGCAGCAGACAGUGAGCCUAUGUUUGAUCAAUUAACCCUUCUCAAAUCAUCACGACUCGCCUGAAAUAAAAUCUAGAGAUAUAAAACAGUUCAAGCAUGUAACAAUAUUUAAAGGUUAGACCCAGAUAAAUGUGCACUAUAUCCACUUGCGUGUUUUCUGUCGAUACGCUGUAGUUUUUGCUCAUAAGGUAAGAGUAAUUCAUCAUUUCUUGACCCCGUCAGAACCUGACCGGCCUGCAGACCUCUAACACACACACACACACACAGAGAGGCUCUCUCUCUCUCUCUCACACACACACACACACACACACACUGAUUCCCAGGCACAGAAUAGAUGCUCACACCAGUGAACACUGAAGAACUGAUCCACUGACAUCUGUUUGCUCCGACCAUGAGCCAGUCUUCAUUGCCACCAGAGUGUGUGUGUGUGUGUGUGUGUGUGUGAGUGAGUGUGCGUCAGAAGAUUAUUCUUGAUGAUGAUGGUCUGUCCUGCACUCAUUCCUGUUAUUUACAUGCUUUUCUGAAUAACACCGAUCUUCCUGACCAGAUGACAUUAGUGUUUGUGUGUGGAUGUGACUGUAAAUAUUCUGAAGAUGAUUGACAGGUGAGACGUCUUUAGUCUACAUCAGUGCUGAGUUCUGUAGGAGAACCGCAGCUGUCUGAUAGUGUCGAGUCUGUCCACAGCAGGUGUGUGUGUGUGUGUGCUGCGAGUCCCUCACUGAAUCACUUCCUGUCUGUUCAUCUGUAAAGACUCAGGGAGUUUGCUCUUAUGUUGUAUGUACGCCGCUUCCUCUCUGACUGACAGAGGCUGUAAAUAAACAUCUGAAAGUGCUUUACAAACCA